AUGUGUGCCUCUCACCCAGACGAGGAAGAACCCGUCGCGGCAUCCAAGGGCGGCCACAAGAGGAAUCUCAGCAAUGGAACACCGGAAAAUUCGCCUCUGAGACGGACCAAACGCCAAAAGUCACGAGUCAGUCUGAAGGAAGCCUCAUCAGAAGAGGAGUCUGAGGCUGAGACUGAGGAGCAGCCAAAGCCUGCACACAAGAAGGCCCCGCGCAAGAAGGCGCAAGCUGCAUCUUCCAUCAAAAAGGAAGACCAGGAUACUGAGCCCGCCGUCCAGGGCGAGAAUAGUCAACUCAGCUCGAAGACUGAGGCCACCGUCAAGGCCGAGGGCAAAAGUGCUGCCGCUUCUAAACCAGCGAAACAGCCUGUUAAGCGAAGGAAGAAGACCAAGGAAGAAAAAGAGGCUGAAGCCAUGCCUUUGGCGCCACGGACUUCGGGUCUGCGGAUGUUUGUUGGUGCCCACGUCAGUGCUGCGAAGGGGAUAUUUAACUCGAUCCACAACAGCGAGCAAAUUGGAGGCAAUGCAUUUGCUUUGUUCUUGAAGUCUCAGAGAAAGUGGGAUAACCCGCCUCUGCAGGAUGACCACAGGGACCAGUUCCACAAGCUAUGUGCCGAGAAGAACUAUGAUGCUGCGAAAUAUGUCCUUCCCCACGGGUCCUAUCUCGUGAACCUUGCCCAGGAAGACAAGGCCAAGGCCAAACAGGCAUACACAUCCUUUCUGGAUGACCUCCGUCGAUGCGAAGCUCUCGGCAUCAAGCUCUACAACUUCCACCCCGGAAGCACAGGUGGAAACCCACUCCCCGAGGCUCUCGGCAGACUAGCCGAAGCCCUCACCAACGCCAUCAAGGAGACAUCAACCGUCAUCCCAGUGCUAGAAACAAUGUGCGGACACGGCAACACAAUUGGCGGCACGAUAUCUGAGUUCAAAGACCUCCUCACUCUAAUCCCCAAGGAGCUCCACUCUCGAAUCGGCAUCUGCAUCGAUACAUGCCACAGUUUCGCCAUGGGCUACGACCUCGUCUCGCCGGAAGGCUUCAAAGCCUUCCUAUCCGAAUUCGAAAAUCUGAUUGGCAUCAAAUAUCUUCGGGCACUGCACCUAAACGACUCCAAAGCACCCUGCGGCAGCCACCGCGAUCUGCACGCGAACAUUGGAACCGGAUUCCUGGGUCUCCGCGCCUUCCACAAUGUGAUGAAUGAGCCUCGGUUCCAGGAUAUGCCCAUGAUUCUGGAAACGCCCAUUGACCGUGCUGAAGCCGAUGGAAGUGAGGAUGAGGGUAAGGGUAAGUCGAAAAAGAGUAAGAGGCCGGCUGGUGCUUCUGCGCCUACGGUCCCGGAUCCCGGUGUCUGGGCUCGAGAGAUCAAAUUACUUGAGUCUCUUAUCGGGAUGGAUGUUGAGGGUGAGGAGUUUCGGGAGUUGGAGAAGAAGUUGUCGGAUGAGGGGAAGGAGAUGAGGGAGAAGCAGAUGGAGCAGUAUGAGAGGAAGUUGGAGACUGAGAAGAAGAAACAGGCGAAGGCGAAGGGGAAGCAGAAGAGUGUGGUUGAUAUGAUGAAGAAGGAAUGA